UUGUCGACUCUUUAAAACGUACCGCAAUAACAGACCUCCCCACGGAUCGCGCUCCACGCCCCUCCCGUCCCGUCCAACCCGAGCACCCUCGUCCUGCCCCGGCCCCGGAAGUCCUGGAGCCCGAGGAGCGCGCAGGGCACCCGACCGCGCUCAUGGCUGCGCCCCGCAAGGCGGUGAUCGUGCCCGGGAACGGAGGCGGGGACGUGGCCACGCACGGCUGGUACGGCUGGGUGAAGAGGGCGCUGGAGCAGAUACCUGGUUUCCAGUGUUGGACUAAAAACAUGCCUGACCCAAUUACAGCCCGGGAGAGCAUCUGGCUGCCCUUCAUGGAGACGGAGCUGCAGUGUGACGAGGAGACCAUCGUCAUCGGCCACAGCUCCGGCGCCAUCGCAGCCAUGAGGUAUGCAGAGACCCAUCGUGUCUAUGCUAUUGUGUUAGUGUCUGCAUAUACAUCAGACUUGGGGGAUGAAAAUGAGCGUGCCAGUGGAUACUUCAACCGUCCCUGGCAGUGGGAGAAGAUCAAGGCCAACUGCACUCACAUUGUGCAGUUCGGCUCCACGGAUGACCCUUUCCUUCCCUGGAAGGAACAACAAGAAGUGACAGACAGGCUGGGGGCCAAGCUGUACAAAUUCACUGACCGCGGCCACUUUCAGAACACAGAGUUCCAUGAGCUGAUCAGCGUGGUGAAGUCGAUGUUGCAAGUGCCCUCAUAGUCCAAGGGCUCCUAGCAUCUGCAUCCCAGGGGAGGGAGGGCGGGGAUACACGUAACCCUUACCAGACGUCACACAGUUGCUGGAAGUGUCUGAAAGCACACGUUUCCAUGGGCACUCUUUAAGUCACAAACAGCAUUUCCAUUUUCCACAGAAUCUAAGUUUCCCCAAACUGCUGUGACCUACAGCCAUACCUCUUCCAUGGAUAAGGGACCUAAAGACAAUUUGUCCUUGUUCAUCUGAAGAGUAAGUCAGAAACAGAACCCAGGUUUCCUGGUCUCAGUCCAGAUGAAAUCUGAACAGGUUUUCACAUGUUGGAGACCUAUAAUCUCUUCCUCAUAGAAAUAAAACUUUUAUUAGGGAAAGGGAAUGUGAGUAAAGGUCCAGAGCAUUGCUUAGCACUCAGGACAUGACUGCUGUUUCGGCUGGCCCAGGAUAUUAAAGCUUUCACCAGUGACACUGCCCACUGACCCUACUCCUUCGAACAGGGUGAGAGCACAACACACAGGGAGGCUGAGUCAGGCAGUGCCUGGGUCAGGCGGGGAACAGAAACACAGCCUCACAUAAUACCCCACUAAUAAGUGACAGAUUUGUACAGGGUGAGGAGUGCAAUCAAGGCCAUGAGAGCCCAGCGCUCGGCUGAGCUGCUGUCAUGUGUAAACGUGAUAAGAUCUAGCCAAUUUUCUGAUUUUUCUAGGGAAAAACUUCAUCCUGUCGUUUUUAAAUUUGGGGAACACACAUACAUGUAUCCACAACCCUCAUAUCC